CUAUCUUUCUGCUACAGAAUCAAAAUAAUCGGAAAAAGGGAUCAUCUGAAAUCGGGCGUAGUGUUUGUAUAUACGCGCGCAUCCACAUGCUACCGAAUUUAUUCUGCUUCGUUUUCUUGUGCUGCAAACGGCCGAUAGCUACACGCGUGCACGUGAUGAUCGAAUGUCUUCGCGUGUUAUAACGCGAAAUCUAAAAAGUGGUAAUGUUGAAUCAGAAAAAGAAAUUGAAUUCCAGUUGUUUGCGAAUGGAGUUUCCGAAACCAUCUACGUACAUCAGAGCACCAGCGUAUGCAAAUAUUCACUUAUUUUUGUAAUAUUUACCCGAACUUUAAAUUUAAACUCAAUAAAUUUUGUACUGACAGAACAUUGCCUAGAUAGGGCACAUGCCGUUGAACACCCCUGCCAGCUGCCACCCACCUUAUCCCAGCUAGUUAUAUUGUUUGAUCCAGACAUUUUCACUCUGCACAUAUGCCAAGUAGAAGCUGCAGUAUCGCGGAUUUACACGGGAAGGCUCUGUUCCUGUUGUCACGGGGAUGCAUGCACUUGCCUUUUCCCAACAUGUUUUAAGGUGUAUUAUGCAACCAUUACAUAAGGAAAUAAGGGCACUACUUCUAUUUUUUCUGUUGUAAUGUUAAUGAAAUUUUGUCACCGUACAGGCUUCCCCGACAACAUACGGAACAAUAUUCGAAAUGGGUUCAGUGGCUUGAGGAAGUGAAUGCAAAGCCCUACACGUACCGCAAACACGACCUCAUAUGCUCAACUCAUUUUCAUCAGUCCUCCUUUUAUGGUGGAUACAGUCGAGCUGUCCUGAAGCCUGAUGCAUGCCCUAGCAUUCCAGCACCAGGUCAAGAAAGUAUACAUAUUCAGGCCAUGCAAGGGUACCUGCAGCAAAGUGCAUCCGACAUGCAAGCCCCUGGGCCUUCAAGCAUUUCCUACGAAGCCGUUACAGAGGAAAAGCUUCACUUGGGCCACUCAGUUGAAGAUCUGCUUGAGGUCAUGCAGGGUAAACCACAGCAAAGUGAAUCCGAGAUGCAAGCCCCUGGACCUUCAAGCAUUUGCCACGAAGCCGUGACAGAGGGAGAGCUUCACUUGGACCACUCAUUUGAAGAUCUGUUUGAGGUUGUCCAAGAGUACCCACAGCAAAGUACGCCUGAAAUGCAAGCCCCUGGACCUUCAAGCAUUUGCCACGAAGCCGUGACAGAGGGAGAGCUUCACUUGGACCACUCAUUUGAAGAUCUGUUUGAGGUUGUCCAAGAGUACCCACAGCAAAGUACGCCUGAAAUGCAAGCCCCUGGACCUUCAAGCAUUUGCCACGAAGCCGUGACAGAGGAAGAGCUUGACUUGGACCGCUCAGUUGAAGAUGUGCUCGAGGUUGUCCAAGAGUACCCACAGCAAAGUACGCCUGAAAUGCAAGCCCCUGGACCUUCAAGCAUUUGCCACGAAGCCGUGACAGAGGAAGAGCUUGACUUGGACCGCUCAGUUGAAGAUGUGCUCGAGGUUGUCCAAGAGUACCCACAGCAAAGUACGCCUGAAAUGCAAGCCCCUGGACCUUCAAGCAUUUGCCACGAAGCCGUGACAGAGGAAGAGCUUGACUUGGACCACUCAGUUGAAGAUGUGCUCGAGACAAUGGCUACUUCGAGUGGCAUUUCAGAACCUGAGGCACAGAGUUCCCCUUCGAAGAGGCAAUUCCAUGAGAGUCACCAUUUCAUGUCAACUCCUCAGAAGAGAAAGGUCACUUUAGAAGACCAUUCCUACUCCUCAAAGACAACACCACGCACAAAAUUAAGAGUUAUUCAUCAACAUCUUGGCAAAGCAAGAAGAAAGCUCUAUGCAACAAAACAAGUCAUAAAAAGAAGAGAGAAAAAAUUCAGAACCUGCAGCAACUACUAA